UUACAAGGUGGGCGAAGCGUUGACAAUGGCGGCAAAAUAGCGGAAGGUCUCAAGUCAAGGAUUUCUUUCCGUUUUCUCUCUCUAGACUGAGCUCUCCCAAUCGAACUGGUCGGUGGGUACUAGGCGUAAGCAGAGAUGGCCGAUCGUUUCUUUCCCAACGUCAUGGCGGAUUUCGUGGAAGAGAAAGAAGAAGAAGAAGAAGAAGAUAAAGUCACUAUCGGGUCUCAAGACUCGCUUAUGAGGCUUCUCUCGAUGCCCUACUCUUCUUUCUCGAGCAGGCUUAAAAGGGCCGGCUUGGAUCUCAAAGAAGCUGUGGUGGCCCAAACAUGGGCCGAACGAAGGGUGCGAGACUUUACGCUCUACAGCGGCACUCUCGGGACCGCUUUUUUGCUUUUCAAAGCCUACCAAGUCAAUCACAUCAGAGACGAUCUCGCUCUCUGCGCGGAGAUUGUCAAGGCCUGUGACUCUGCUUCCUCCCACUCCAAGGAUGUGACGUUUAUAUGCGGGCGGGGCGGUGUUUGUGCCCUUGGUGCUGUUGCAGCUAAACACUUGGGUGAUGACAAGUUGCUACGUUACUAUUUAGCCAAGUUUAAAGAGAUUAAGCUGCCGAAAGAUCUCCCUGAUGAGCUGCUAUAUGGAAGAGUCGGGUUCCUAUAUGCAUGUCUAUUCCUUAACAAACAUAUAGGCGAGGGUACAAUCCCUUCUAACUACAUUGGUGCGGUUGUUACUGACAUUUUCAAGGGCGGGAGAGUAUUAGGGACCAGGGAAAGAUGCCCAUUGAUGUUUGAAUGGUAUGGUGAAAAGUACUGGGGUGCUGCCCAUGGAUUGGCUGGGAUUAUGCAUGUUUUGAUGCACGUGAAACUGAGUCCAAGUGAAGCUGAGGAGGUUAGGCAUACACUCAAAUACAUGAUCAAGCAUCGGUUCCCGAGUGGAAAUUACCCUUCCAGUGAACAAGAUAGAAAGAGAGAUUGUCUCGUGCAUUGGUGCCAUGGUGCUCCUGGCGUGGUCCUCACACUUGUCAAAGCCACUGAGGUUUUCGGAGACAAGGAGUUCCUUGAAGCUGCCGUAAACGCAGCAGAGGUAGUAUGGAAUCGUGGUCUACUCAAACGAGUUGGGCUUUGUCAUGGCGUGAGUGGGAACACAUACGUUUUUCUCUCACUUUACCGGCUGACGGGCAAUAGGGAGUUCUUAUACAGAGCCAAGGCAUUUGCUGGCUUUCUCCUUGAUAGAGCUCACAGCCUUAUAUCAGAGGGAGAGAUGCAUGGAGGAGACCACCCAUAUUCUAUGUUUGAAGGACUUGGAGGCAUGGCUUAUCUUUUCCUGGACAUGACUAAUCCUACUGAUGCUAGAUUUCCAGGUUACGAGCUUUGAACAUUUGCAUUGGAGCAGAAUGGAGAAAAAAAAUCCUGCGUCGGCAACCCAAUUCAUGGGGAACAAGGCUUUGUCUGGUUAGUGAAGUGAGAAAGCUGUGUAUGACCAUUACUAUUGUCCUCUUGGUUCUUUUUCUUCUUCUUUUCUUUUCUAUGGAGGUGUAUAUGAAAGUCAUCUCUACCAUGUCCAUCCUUGUGCGUAAUCUGAACUAGGUGUCUGGGCUUUUUCGUGCCUAUACAAUGCUCCAGAAGUUUCACCUGCUUCAAAUAAAAGUUCGCUCCGCUUUUUAUUGGA